AUGAUAAAUUAAAAAAGCUUAGGCUCUUUGUAAUUAAUUCCUGAGAAUUUCUAAAGAAGCUCAAAAUCUUUAACCACAAUAAUUAGAAAACACAUAAAAGAAGAGGAAAAGCGGGUCAGGCCAAUUAAAUUUCUCUUUGUAAAUUAAGAAAAAAAGAACAAGUUAAACCUUGGAGAGGUUGAAAAAUAUAAAUCAUUACUGAGAACAGGGGCUUCUUCAUUCAUUUUCUAUAUCUAUAAAAAUAAAGAGUGUUAAGAUAAUUUCUUCGAUCCUCUAUUAAGAACUGAAAUAAAAGUUCCACUAAUCGAUACUACCUUAUCUAUUGGCAUUCAUGUUUGGGAUCAUAUUCAUUAUAUAGAUCAUAAAUCUAUAAACGUCUAUUAAUUUUAAUGCAUUUUGGGUCGACAAGAGGAUGAAAAUAAUGCACUUCUAUUUGUUGUUAGUUAAUUAGCUAGCAAAAUAGUAGUGAUAAUUGAAAAUUGGAAUCAGGAAGAAGUUGAGAUCAUAAAAUAACUAAAGAAUCAUGGAUUUGGGGAUUCGAUAGAUGUUUUCAAUCUUCUAUUUACAAUAACAUCUCCAAUCUAUUUUGAUUUUGAGGAAGUUAGAUACGUCAACCUCUAUGAAAAUUACUUAUAGGAGAAGGUAUACAGUAAUGAGAGAUCAUCGAAGGAUACAAUAAGAUUAUGGCAGGAGGAAACCUUAAUGAGUCUCAAUAAAAAAACAUACAGAGAUAUAGAAGUGGAUAUUCUGACUGUUUUAUCAGUAGUAAAUUAUUUAAAACAAUCAAAUUUUUAAGAGGAGAAUUACGAUUUGAUAUUUAUGAAUGCGUUUAAAAAGUAAAUAGAAUAUAGCAAAAAGGACAUUUAAGAAUAAUAUAUAUUAGAAAUUUAGAAAUUGUGUUCUAGCUCCAAUCAUUUCCAAUAGAAUUCUUUGCUUUCUACAUUAAAUUAGAUUAGAAAUAAUGCACAGAGCUAGUUUUAUUAACAGUUAUCUUAAUUUUAUAAUUUAGAAGAAUACAAAAGAUAAUAAAUAGAACUAUUUUAACUUAUAAAUAAUAUAGAAGAAGACUGUUUGAAUUUAUUUUAUGAUGUAGCUCAUUAUAAUUUAUUGUAGCGAAUGAAACAUAAUAUUAAGAGUUCUUAAAAUAAUAAUGAUACCUUUCUAAAUCAUUAUUAACACUUCUUAUCUAUUUUAAGUAGCUUUGAUGACGUAAUGGGUGUAAAAUACAAAUAUCUAAAGAAACACUUCAAGAAAUAGUAUAAUAAAUUAAUUCAGUUCUACACAUUAAGCACAUAUGAAAGAGAAUAACGAGAAUACAUAUAAUAGGUGGAACUAGAUUUAAGUCUAUUACAAAGUUCUGUAGAUUAAAUCCAAAAUGAACUAGAAGACUUUGAGGAUAAAAUUAAGAUAAGCUAAUCGAAACACCAUACUAGACAAAGCUCCUUAUAAACAACAGCUUUGUGUCAGAGUUAACAUUAUGAGAGCCUUAUAAAAUUGAAUUAGAAAGUAGAAACUCUUCAAUCCCAACCUCAUGUCAGAGUCAAACAAUGA